CUCCCACCUGUCCAACAGCUCAGCAACCGGACUUUCCAGUCACCUCCCCGUGUGCACCCUGGGCGCCAACCCCCGCACCGGCUGAACCCGUAACACGAACCCAACCCAGCUCACGCCAUAAAUUCCCGGAAAAUCUUCCCCACCGAAAAAAUUAAAAAAUAGAAUAUACAGCCAACAAAUUUUCUUUCUCAGCUGUCUAUAAUUUUCUCGCCUGCUCUCUCUAUAUCUAUCCUCCGCUCGUCGGAUCUUUCCCGUUAUCUCUCUCUCCAUCCCUCCGGCGCUUUUGAAGUCGCCGGCGCGUGCGUUUCGCUUGAACUGUGCUGGUUUUUGGGGGAAUCAAGGGUUUUGAUUCUCAUCGGUGGCCAUGUUUCUCGUCGACUGGUUCUAUGGAGUUCUCGCCUCUCUAGGUCUGUGGCAAAAGGAGGCCAAGAUCUUGUUUCUAGGGCUCGAUAAUGCUGGCAAGACCACGCUCCUUCACAUGUUGAAAGACGAGAGACUAGUUCAGCAUCAACCAACACAGUAUCCGACGUCAGAGGAGCUGAGUAUUGGGAAAAUUAAGUUCAAAGCCUUUGAUCUGGGAGGGCAUCAGAUUGCGCGCAGAGUCUGGAAAGACUAUUACGCCAAGGUGGAUGCUGUUGUAUACCUGGUUGAUGCUUUUGACAAGGAAAGAUUUGCAGAGUCAAAGAAGGAGCUGGAUGCUCUUCUUUCCGACGAGUCAUUGGCAAAUGUCCCAUUCCUCAUACUAGGAAACAAGAUUGACAUACCAUAUGCAGCAUCAGAGGAUGAGUUGCGUUACCACAUGGGCCUCACCAACUUUACCACAGGUAAGGGAAGGGUUAAUCUCUCCGACUCGAAUGUCCGCCCUCUUGAGGUUUUCAUGUGCAGUAUCGUCCGCAAGAUGGGAUACGGCGAUGGUUUCAAGUGGCUUUCUCAAUACAUCAAGUAGGCGAAUGAAUAGACAAGCUGAUGUGCUGAACUGAAGAUGCUUAAAUGAAACCUUCCUUUGCUGCAGUCAGCAUUCAAAGUGGAUGUUUGAGGUAUUUAAUUAUAGUUGCUAUGUAAAUUGAAUAUGUAAUUUUCAUGCUACCCUUAACUACAUUUUAGCUUGCGUACUUCAUGGGUUUCUGAUUUUUGGUGGUAAAAGGUAAGCUGUGUUUGUUUUUUGUCUUUUUUUUUUGUUUUUCAUUUCCUCACUUUGUAUGGGCAAUCAAAUUGAAGAAUAAGGGAUUGAGGUUCA